AUGCUACCGUUUUGCCCAAUUUGUGGUGCUUUAUUGAAUGUUGAUGAAGGUGAGCAUUGUUUUCGUUUUUCCUGUCGCAUAUGCCCUUAUGUUCAACCAAUUAUUCGGCUCGUUAAAGGUCGCCAUAUUCCUUCGUCAAAGGCUAUAGAUGUUAUUAUUGGUGGUCCACGUGCUUGGGAUAAUGCGCAAAUUACAAAUGAAACAUGUCCGCGAUGUAGAAAUAGUCGUGCUUAUUAUUUGCAAAUUCAAACUCGAAGCGCAGAUGAACCUAUGACGAUAUUUUAUCGUUGUGCCAGUUCCGAUUGUGCUCAUCGGUGGAAAGAAUAG